AUGGGUCGUUUUAGGGGUCUUCCCCAACCCCCACCCUCCACAGCAGAUCCGGAGAAGAGGCCGCAGCAACUGCAAUUUAGCGCAAAGGAUCGCUUUCGACCGCGAAUCUUGCUUAUGGCAGUGUUGGUGUCCAUGGGCGGUUUCAUCUUCGGUUACGACACAGGCCAGAUUAGUGGUUUUCUGGAAAUGCCCGACUUCCUCCAAAGGUUCCAUGACACUACUGACCCCGAAACUGGAGACCCUGCCUUCACGAAUGGAAGGAGUGGAACCAUUGUGGGCUUGUUGUCCAUCGGCACACUGCUCGGUGCCCUCGUCGCUGCGCCCGUCGCAGACAAGUUCGGCCGUAAAUACUCCAUCUGCUUCUGGAACAUCAUCUUCUGCGUCGGUGUCAUUGUCCAAAUAGCUACUACCAGCACAUGGUAUCAGAUCGCUCUGGGCAGAUGGGUUGCCGGCCUUGGAGUUGGAGGUCUCUCUGUAUUGACUCCCAUGUACCAGUCUGAAACUGCCCCUCGCUAUGUACGCGGUGCUCUCGUCUCUUGCUACCAACUCUUCAUCACGCUCGGCAUCUUUACUGCCUACUGCAUCAACUUCGGAACAUAUAAUGAUCGGAGUGCGCGCGCUUGGAGGCUACCCAUGGCUAUUGGAUUCAUCUGGCCCGUCAUCAUGGGCUUCGGUAUGCUCACUCUGCGCGAGUCACCCCGCUGGGCCUAUCGUAAGGGCAAAGUCGAGGAUGCGCGUAAGACAAUAGCACUUAGCUACGGCGUCGCUGAAGACCAUCCAGAAGUUGAUCGGGAAAUCAGCGAGAUCAAAAGCAAGCUCGAAGCUGAGCGCGCAGGCGGAGGCAAGCAUCCUUGGUACGAGAUCUUCACCGGACCGCGCAUGGCAUACCGUACCCUUCUGGGAAUCACUCUUCAAGCCCUGCAACAGCUUACAGGCGCGAACUUUUUCUUCUAUUAUGGUACCACCAUCUUCGGUUCUGUUGGCCUGCCCAAUUCGUACGUCACGUCCAUCAUUCUCGGUGCUGUCAACUUUGGCACGACAUUCCCUGGACUCUACAUCGUCGAAAAAUUCGGUCGCCGUCCCUCCCUCAUCUUUGGUGGUCUCUGGAUGUUCAUGUGCUUCCUCGUUUUUGCAUCGCUCGGCCACUUUGCUCUUGACCAGGAGACGCCACAGAACACGCCUGGCAUCGGAUACGCAAUGAUCAUCUUCGCCUGUUUCUUUAUCGCUGGUUUUGCUAUGACAUGGGGUCCUAUCGUCUGGGCUGUUGUCGGAGAGAUCUACCCCUCGCGUUACCGAGCAAAAUGCAUGGCCCUUGCCACCGCAUCGAACUGGGUAUGGAACUUCCUCAUUUCCUUCUUCACGCCGUACAUCACUGGCUCUAUUGACUACCGCUACGGAUACGUUUUCGCCGCAUGCUGCUUUGCGGGUGCGGUUGUCGUGUUCUUUUUCGUCUGCGAGAGCCACGGAAGGACUCUUGAGGAGAUUGAUACCAUGUACAUCUUGGGUGUCAACCCCAUGCAGAGCAAGCACUGGCAGCCACCGGAGGGUGACGAGCUUCCCAAACUUGGACAACACUUAUUUGACGCCUGGAGCGAGGGGUAUCAACAAGAAGCAGGAGGCCAGAGCGCCAGAGCAGAUGAGGCAGGAGCGUAUGGCUGUGCCUGUCUCGCCGGGAUUUGUUCCUGA